AUGAAUCGCCUCUCUUGUUUUCUGCUCGUCAUUGGAUUGUGCGUUGGGUUGAGUAACGCAUAUGAGAAAAACUCUGUACACUUCAAGAACUCUCUUGGUCGUAACAAUAUCUUGAAGAUCAAUUGUUUAUCAAACAACGACAAUCUAGGCUUCCACUUUUUGCGGCCUGGAGAAACCUACGAAUUCAGUUUUCAUGAUAGUGUUUUUAAAACAGAAUUUUUCUGUGACCUAUGGCAAGGGCCUAAUUUCAAGUUCCAUGCAGGGUUCACGGGAUAUGAAGGUGGUGGUCUCAUCGUUCAUUAUGGUAAACAAAACUUUUGGGAUGCUAGAGAAGAUGGAAUUUACUUCACACAUGGCCAAAAAACGCCCAAGUUAGAGUAUAAUUGGGAAUAA